GGAAGUGAGCCUCUCUUGCCUGCCUGCCUGUUCGCCGCUCUGGCCCCGUCAGGCGCCUUCUCUCUGCGCUGCGGCGGGCGGAGGCGGCGGCGGAAGGAGGAGCCGCGUCAGGAGAAGCCCCCCAUGGAAGGGAACCGCGACGAGGCGGAGAAAUGCCUGGGGAUCGCCCGGGAGGCCCUGGAGGCCGGGAACCGGGAGCGGGCGCAGCGCUUCCUCCACAAGGCCCAAAGGCUCUACCCGACACAGGCCGCCAAGGUGUUACUAGAAGCAAUUAUGAAGAAUGGGAGUGCUGCUGGGACUGGUGCGUACUGUCGAAAACCAGCAAAUAGCAGUGAUCAAAGUAAACCUAAUAAUAUGAAGGACAGCAGUUCAACUGCUGCAGGUGAAAUUGGGAAGACAUACACCAAAGAUCAAGUGGAAGGAGUACAAAGUAUAAAGAAAUGUAAAAAUUAUUAUGAAGUUCUUGGAGUGUCCAAAGAUGCCGGCGAAGAAGACUUGAAGAAAGCUUAUCGAAAGCUUGCUCUGAAGUUCCACCCAGACAAAAAUCAUGCACCAGGAGCAACAGAAGCUUUUAAAAAGAUUGGAAAUGCGUAUGGUGUGUUAAGCAAUCCAGAAAAAAGAAAGCAGUAUGAUCUCACAGGUGGUGAAGAACAAUGCAGCCAUCCUGGCAAUGGUAGAUUUAACUUCCACAGGGGCUGUGAAGCAGAUAUCACUCCAGAAGACCUUUUCAAUAUGUUCUUUGGAGGGGCCUUUCCAACAGGUAGUGUGCAUUCCUUUUCCAAUGGACGGUCUGGAUACAGUCAUCAUAAUCAGCAUCGCCAUAGUGGACAUGAAAGAGAAGAGGAAAGGGGUGAUGGUGGCUUCUCUAUGUUCAUUCAGCUAAUGCCAAUUAUUGUGCUGAUCCUUGUCUCUUUGCUGAGCCAGCUGAUGGUGUCUAAUCCUCCUUAUUCCUUAUAUCCAAGAUCAGGUUCAGGGCAGACCAUUGAGAUGAAGACCGAAAACUUGCGCAUUCCCUAUUAUGUCAACAAAGACUUUAAAAAUGAAUACAAAGGUCCAAAUUUGCAGAAGGUAGAAAAGAGUGUGGAAGAAGACUAUGUGUCAAACAUCCGAAAUAACUGUUGGAAAGAAAGACAGCAAAAAACAGAUUUAUUAUAUGCAGCAAAAGUGUACCGAGAUGAACGACUUCGAAGGAAAGCAGAAGCCAUUUCUAUGGAUAAUUGCAAAGAACUAGAACGAUUGACCAGCCUCUAUCGAGGAGGAUGAGCUACUGCACUGAAGUACACAAUCUUUAUGUGUUUAAAGAAAAAAACCUGUAAACCGAGGAAAUACUGUUCUGUCAUGACAGCUAAAAAAGAGGGAUGUAAAACUACUGUGUAGCUGUUUCCAAAAACCUUAUCCUGAAGUUCCAAUAUCAUUUACUAGCCUCUUUGCUUAGUCUGAAAUAUAUGACAAGGUUUGUUUACAUCAUUGAAUUGUUCUUUGAAUUUUACUCCCAAUGCUUCUGUGAAUUCUUCUACAAGGAAGAAGCCACUCAGAUUGGCUAGCUCCACUUGUAGAAAUGUAAACAUAAUGGUUUUCCUUCUGAAAUACUUGCCAUGUAAAUAUGUGUGGGGGAAAAACACUAGUGUGUAUAUAAAAAUGUUAAAAUCUCUAAGGCAUAUUUAGAGUCAUUAAAGCUUUUAAUCUCAUGGAUGGAAUAAA